GUCAGGCCGAAAACCAGCAGGUGCAGGGGGAUCUUUCUUCUCCGUUUCUAUCAUUUCCCUCUCUCUCUCUCUCUCUCAUCCUGCCUUCAAAACAUUUACUAAAAAGAAAAAGAAAAGGAGACUUCGAUCCAACCCUCUUUUUGUUUGGAUCUCUUUCCUUUGUCUCAGCCUUUGAACCCUCACACCCUUCAAAUCUGUCCAUUCUCGCCGCGGUUUCAGAAAACUCUGGAAUUUUGAUUCUUCUUGCGCAGAACAAUUAUUCUGGUCUGUUCAAAGUACUUGUAAGGAUUUGGGCGUUGGUAAUCUGAAGCAAAGCAGCUAUGCAGAGCCAGCUUGUCUGUAGUGGAUGCAGGAGCAUUCUUCUUUAUAAUGGAGGAGCUUCUAAUGUCUGUUGUGCAUUAUGCAAUGCAAUAACCUCAGUCUCUCCUUCCGGGACAGAAAUGGCUCAACUUAUAUGUGGAGGUUGCAGGACAUUGCUAAUGUAUACACGCGGGGCAACAAGCGUGAGAUGCUCCUGCUGCAACACAUUGAACCUUGCACCAGUAUCCAGCCAGGUUGCCCAUGUUAGUUGCGGGAACUGCCGGACAACGCUCAUGUAUCCAUAUGGAGCUCCAUCUGUUAAAUGUGCAGUCUGUCAUUAUGUUACUAACGUUGGUAUUGCUAGUGCCAGGGUUCCAAUUCCCAUGCACAGACCUAAUGGGACAGCCAACUCUGGAACAAUGCCCUCCACUUCAACUAGCCAAACGGUGGUGGUCGAGAAUCCGAUGACUGUUGACAAAAGUGGCAAAUUGGUGAGCAAUGUUGUUGUGGGGGUCACAACGGACAAAAAGUAAUUCAAUGGCAUUCAGAGAACUAUUGCUGCUGGUUUUAUUUGCAAGAAACAAUCCAAGUCCAUAUUACGCAUCAAUUGGAAGAUGGACAUGUGAGAUUAUUUGUGUAUAUGUUGGGGAUUGCCACGAUUGACAUUAAUUCGAGAAAAUAUUUCCAAUAUAUAGUUCCUGAGAACUUAUACGUGUGAUGUACUGUAUUUUAAGAGUAUAAGAAGAGAGAAAAGGUCCUUGUGCUAGUACUCCCACACUGAACAUUCUUUGCCACAUUUAGCCAAGUGAACGUGCUUUUGAGGUGUAUGUAUCUUAUUCAGAUUCAAAAUAAUGUAGAAAACUGCUAUUUUUUGUGACUGAUAA